UUUAUUAUGUUCCCUCUCUAACAGAAUCUCCCGGUGAAACCCAGGGGGCCUCUGCUCAAUCCUCAGCAUCUGCUAGUGGUAGUUCCUCUAAAAAAUGUGGAAACUGUAAAGAUAAGCUCCCAAAAUCCUAUACCAAACCCUUCUGCCACAAGUGUAUUAACCAGUUGGCUGGGAAGGAGGCAGCUGCCAUGAUGAAAGAUUUUCUCUUGUCAAUGCAGUCUGAAAUGUUGGCCACGGUUAGAGCUUUCAGGGAGACGGCUACACAAGCAGCCACAGGCCCUAGCACAGAGGAACCGGUCCCUAGAGAGACUUUGAUUUCUCAGGGAAGGCUAGUUGCAGGACCCAGUACCCCUUUCCUAUCCUCCCAGGUCUUUUCUCAUGAUCAGGAGGAAGAGGAAAGUGAGGUCAUGAGCCAGGUCACUAGACAUAGCUCAGAGGGUGAGGAGGAUAGAGACUCAGUCAUGUCUCAGGAAGAAGGAAAAUUGAAAAGAUUCCUCUUCUCAGCAGAGGAUGUGGACAGUCUCCUUCAGGCAAUCUAUGCCACUGAAGAGAUUCCAGAGGUUCCUAAAACGACCUCUGCACAGGAUAAGGUGUAUAGGGGGCUCAGUGAAACACAGGAUAGAGUCUUCCCUCUCCACCAAUCUCUAAAAGAAAUAAUCCUACAAGAAUGGAAAUAUCCAGAAAGGAGACUGACCACUCAGAAAACCUGGAAACGGAAGUACCCGUUCACCCAAUCAGUUGGGGAAGCUUUCUUUAAACUUCCAAAACUGGAUGCGGCCCUGUCUCAGGUCACUAAACAGUCAGACCUCUCAUUUGAAGAUGCUGGCAGUAUUAAAGAUCUAAUGGAUCGUAGGGCCGAAUCACUCCUAAGAAAAGCAUGGGAGGCUAACACAGCUUCUAUGGCCCCAGCAUUAGCUGCGACCUGUGUAGCCAGGAAUGCAGACCUAUGGGUAGAGAAACUGGCAGAACACCUCGGCCAGUUUACAGAGUCAGAGGAAAUCUUGGGGUCUCUAUCUUUGAUAGGAAAAGCUGUCGCAUACUUGGCAGAUGCCGCUUUGGAAACUGCUAAAGCUUCAGCCAAAACAGCGGCCUUGAUUAACUCGUCCAGGCGAGCUAUCUGGGUUAAGGCCUGGGAUGGGGAUGUCACAUCAAAGGGAAAACUGUGUGGACUCCCUUUCCAGGGUUCACUUCUGUUUGGCCAAGGAUUGGAUGAUGUCCUAGCUAGGUCUUCAGAAAAGGGAAAGAAAUUCCCUGUGAAACCUAAGAAAGAUGGGUUUAAGAAGACUUUUCGAGGCCCCCAGGGGCAGAACAAGCAGAAGUAUAAAAGAGAACCCAAUAGGCGCUGGUUUUAUGGCAAAGGGAACAAAAAGAAUAACUUGCUCUUUCCCUCCGCCAAGGCUGAGGCUAAACAGACCAAGUGACGCCAAGGUCAAGGUAGGGGGGAGGCUGUCCCAGUUUGUACAACAGUGGGAAAAUAUUUCAGACAGUCCCUACAUACACAAGCUUAUAAGGGAUGGGUUCCGCCUGGAAUUUGUCACCUUUCCCCCCCCUAUGAUCACCCUCACGCAGCUCCCCAAGGAUACCCUAAAAAGAAGGGCCCUCUUGGAAGGGGUUCAGGAAUUGGCAGAGCAACUAGUAAUAACACCAGUGCCAGUGGAACAGCAAUACCGGGGGUUCUAUUCCCACGUGUUUUUGGUUCGGAAACCAUCAGGAAAAUUCCGCCUGAUAGUAAACCUGAAAAAACUAAACGGAUUCUUAGAACAGAAGAAGUUUUCCAUGGAGAGUAUUUACUCAGUAAGAAAGAACCUCAUGAAGGAAACCUACAUGACAACCAUAGACCUGAAAGACGCCUAUUUGCACGUGCCAAUUCACG